GUUUUCCAUACAUUGUUUGGGUGUAAGCAACACAACCAAAGAGCUCAGUGCCGUAGAGAUACUAUCGUUGCACCGCUCUACCCCGAGCACCCGUUACUCUAUGGUGUUUGGGAUGCUAAGGACUGAAGGGAAGUGGUUACGUCACGUUUGUGCAGUAGCGUCGGGGAAGAUGGCGGAUAAGAAGGGGCGAAUAGAAGGAGGACCAGAAGAAGAUGCAGAAAAAGCAGUGAACACUAAGACUGUUUCUUCCAGCAAUGGAGGAGAGAACUCAAGCCGCAGCACUAAGAAAAGGGCAGCUGAGGACUCAAAGAAUGAGCCUUGUCCAUCUAAGGUUCCGAAAAUUGGGUUUGCGAUAGGAAGUCAGAGUCUGAAGAAAUCACAACCCAUAUCAAUCAAACUUGGAGCCAGUAAACCUAAAGAGGCAGCACCAGCCAUUGUUAAAAAAAAGAGUGCAGUGGCAUCCGUAUUUAAUGAUGAUGACGAUAGUGAGCCUGAAGAAAUGCCCCCAGAGGCAAAAAUGCGAAUGAAAAAUAUUGGAAGGGAUACACCUACAUCUGCAGGGCCAAACUCAUUCAACAAAGGAAAGCAUGGAUUUUCAGACAGUCAAAAACUGUGGGAGCGGGAUAUGAAAACUCGGCUGGAUCACAAAACUGAUGAAUGAAAUCUUUUUUUGUUGUGUGUGUGGGGGUUGGGGGGGUAUGAGGGAAGACGGUAAACCAGUUUUUGGUGGGUAAUUCUAUGAAUGUUUUGUUUUUUUUAAUGGAUGGAUACAUUUAAAAAUUUUAUUUUUUUUUAAUGGUCGUAUGGCACACAAAUAAAUGUUAAAAAAUUACCUUGUUUUAGAACAUUUGACACUUUUAUUGGUAGUGGUGUGGGUUUUGCCUGCUGUUAAUCCUUACUAAAAAUCUGAUUUUGAUGAAUUUAUCUAUGUAAGGAAUACACGAGAUCCAUGAUUUUUGCAUUCAGCUGAAUACCAAUUCUUCCACAAAAUGUUUAACCAAAUCCAAACCCUCUUUUUAAUUAUUACAUUUCUGCACACAAAAAAACCCAACACAUUGUCUAGAGAAAAUCUGUGGCUGACCAAUUAGGAUUUUGUUAUUCAUAUUCUUCAAAAACUGCUGGGAUUUGCUCCAAACUUAAACAAACCAAUAUUAGGUCCCUAAUAUGUUUGUAGGCAAAAUAGUUUUGUAGCAAAAAAAAAAAAAAAAAGUGGUUGAGAGAGAAUCCAUAUUUUUUGUGAUGGUUAUUAAAUGUUUAAGAAAUGGAAGUAACAGGAACAUAGAAAAACACAAUUCUGUAACUGUACAAGUUAGUGUUCCCUUAGUAAGGAUACUACUGCAAAUUCAGUGUCCAAUAGAGCAGACCAUAGCCACAUUGCAUGUAUGCAACCAUUUCAUAUCAGACACACUGCCUCAUGUGGAUUGGUUGUAGUAGGAAGAAGAAUAGACCGAUUUGCAUUUUGAAGGACACAGCUAACGGGGAAGCAUUUGAUGUGUUUGGGAAGGUGGUUGCUCUUUUUUAAAGGAGAUGACCUUUUUGCAUUUAGAGCAGUUGUUCCAGGUGCAAAACACAGUUACAUACGUGUUCAUUUAUCUGCUUUAGAAGAGAUGCAUCAGUGAAACUGUGCUACACCGAAUCUUGUGGGUAGCUUACUUGUACAUGGAAAGUGAUGUUAUUAAAGGAACUGGUCAUCUUACAAAACUCUUUCUUUCAGUUCAAGUUUUUUCAGACAGUAUAGCAGAAAUAAAGACUUCUUUUCAGUUGCUUCCUACUUUUUAUUUUUGACUACAGUAGAACCCAUUUUACGUUUUUCUGGAGACCAGAAAAAAAUGGAGUAAAAUUCAGGGAAAUGUAUUAUGCAUAAUAAUCCCCUUAUGUAAAAUGAGGGGAUGUAAAAUUGACAUUCCAUUGUAUUUAAUGUUCCUCUCUCUUGCUGUUUCAGUUCAGCACCUUUUGUUAUGCCUGAACUGUUAAAAUUUGCUAAAUGAAUUCAUUUCUCAUUAGCUCUGUGAAAUGUUAGCAACUAUUGUAAUAGUCAUAACAGCAGUCUUUAAAGUGGACCUGUCACCCAGACACAAAAAUCUGUAUAAUAAAAGUCCUUUUCAAACUAAA